AUUACAGUAACGAUGCACUGUCCUCUCCAUGCGUUGGGUCGUAGCAAGUGGAUAAUGGGAACUAGAAUAAGGACUUUCGAAGGCUCAACUUUAGUAGGAUAACAAACGGCGGAGUUUUGGUAUAUAUUUCUUGUAUUAAAUGAAUGGUACCGUUAGCAUUUAUAAAUGCAUACGACUUCAGAUUACAAGUUAAAAUUUGGAAUUGAAGUAAAGUUGAUGCAAACGACCUCGUCUCACGUAAAAGGACAGUGCAUCUCGUUUUUCUCAGUUAGCUAGCUUGCUCGAGCAACUCGGAAUAAGUAAUCUACGUUAGCUAGUUAACUGUAGUCAUCCAACAGUUCUGUAGACAGUAGCGGUAGCAUUGUCCUUGAUUCAAACAUCUAUAUAUGUCAUGCCAUAUCGCUCUUUGAUUUAGCAAACAUCAGUGCACUAGUCUGCACUGGUUAGCAUGUUAACGUUCGCUAAGCCAGGGUUAAUAAGCGACGCUAGCUCUAGCUGUGUUUACCAGUGAGAGGGUUAGCCAAUGCUAGUUAGGUUGCUGGCAAGCUGCACAAAAGGAAGUGUAGCAUCAAUAUAACUUGUUAUCUUACACUAAAUUGUUGCCAUUCGUGUUUGUUUUGUUAAUCAGCGUAAAGGCAGCUCGCUAACGUUAGCUAUAUACAUUCUAAGAUAGCUAAGACAGUCGGUUCGGGCAAAAUGAUUCCCGAUAAACCCCCCAGAGAUGAUGUUUAUCAAGCAGCCAGUGACUUACUCAAAGAUGCACAUGUUCCCACCUUUGAGAAAUACAAAGAACUCUACCAGAAAUCAAUUGAAAACCCAGAAGAAUUCUGGGGCAUUGUUGCAAAUGACUUCUUCUGGAAAUCCAAGCACACUGGCCAGUUCCUGGACUACAACUUCGACAUCACAAAGGGCAAAAUCUAUGUCAAGUGUAUGGAAGGGGCCACCACCAAUAUCUGUUACAAUGUCCUAGACAGGAAUGUCCAUGAGAGAAAACUUGGGGAUAAAAUUGCCUUCUUUUGGGAGGGGAAUGAGCCUGGCGAUGAGAUGAACGUAACGUACAGGGAGUUACUCAAGCAAGUCUGCAAAUUCGCCAACGUCCUGAAGUCACUCGGAGUGAAGAAGGGUGACCGCGUUUCCAUCUACAUGCCCAUGAUCGUGGAGCUGGUGGUUGCCAUGUUGGCAUGUGCACGCAUUGGAGCGGUUCACUCCAUUGUGUUUGCAGGAUUUUCGGCAGAAUCCCUUUGUGAGAGGAUCCUAGACGCUCAGUGUUCUUUGCUAAUCACUGCUGAUGGAUUUUACAGAGGAGACAAGCUGAUCAACUUGAAAGUGAUUGCAGAUGAUGCACUCAGGAAAUGCAGGGACAAAAACUUCCCCGUGCAGAAGUGCAUCAUGAUAAAGCACUUGUCCAAGGAAGAGUCUGUCUCCCCGGCUGGCUGCCAGUCUCCCCCAGUGAAGCGUGCUUGUCCCGACCUGCAGCAGGAGAAACAGAGAGAAAGAGCCAAGAAAGUCCACCCUACACCUCAGGUGCCCUGGAACCCGGAGGUGGACCUCUGCUGGCACACGCUGGUGGGCGGGGCCUCCGAGGAGUGUGAGCCGGAAUGGUGCGGGUCCGAGGACCCUCUCUUCAUUCUCUACACCAGCGGCUCCACGGGCAAGCCCAAGGGUGUAUUGCACACGGUCAGCGGGUACUUGCUGUUCACUGCCGCCACCUUCAAAUAUGUGUUUGACUACCAGCCUGAUGAUGUGUACUGGUGCACAGCAGACAUUGGCUGGAUCACAGGCCACUCCUACAUCACCUAUGGGCCCCUGGCCAAUGGGGCCACCAGCGUGCUGUUUGAAGGAUUGCCUACCUAUCCGGACGUGAGCCGCAUGUGGGAGAUCGUCGAUAAGUACCAGGUGACCAAGUUCUACACCGCCCCAACUGCCAUUCGCAUGCUGAUGAAGUACGGGAACGAGCCGGUCCACAAGUUUAAGCGCCAGUCCCUUAAGGUGCUUGGCACGGUGGGGGAGCCCAUCAACCCCGAGGCCUGGCAGUGGUACUUCAGCGUGGUCGGCGACAAGAGGUGCCCUGUGGUGGACACCUUCUGGCAGACAGAGACAGGAGGGCAUGUUCUGACACCAUUGCCAGGUGCCACACCCAUGAAGCCUGGAUCAGCUACAUUCCCCUUCUUUGGUGUUGUUCCUGCUAUUCUGAACGAGUCUGGGGAGGAGCUGGAAGGACCAAGCGAAGGCUAUCUGGUGUUCAAGCAGCCGUGGCCAGGAAUCAUGAGGACAGUGUUUGGAAACCAAGAGAGGUUUGAGACCACCUACUUCAAGAAAUUCCCUGGGUACUAUGUUACAGGAGAUGGUUGCCGUAGGGAUAAGGACGGUUACUACUGGAUCACGGGGAGGAUAGAUGACAUGCUCAAUGUGUCUGGGCAUUUGCUGAGCACGGCGGAGGUGGAGUCGGCGCUGGUGGAGCACGCGGGCGUGGCGGAGGCCGCGGUGGUGGGGUGCCCCCACCCCGUGAAGGGGGAGAGCCUGUACUGCUUCGUCACCCUCCGGGACGGGGUCGGCUACAGCGGGGCGCUGGAGGCCGAGCUCAAGAAGCUGGUAAGAGAGAAGAUUGGUGCAAUUGCCACUCCAGACUACAUACAGAGUGCCCCUGGCUUGCCCAAAACCAGAUCAGGAAAGAUCAUGCGUCGCGUGCUGCGCAAGAUCGCCCGGGGCGAGCGGGAGCUGGGCGACGUGUCCACGCUGGCCGACACCUCCGUCAUCGAGCAGCUGUUCGGAAACCGCUGCGCCACCGCCAUGUGAUGUGGGCAGCGCUUCAACUGGGGGGGGGGGGG